AACGUAACAAAUUGGCGUCGCGUGGCUUUGUGAACAAAAACAAUAGCAGACACUAAGGUCCAGGUGAAAUUUCGCCAGCUAAUUUCUGACAGAAAAGUGCCGCGGAAGGCCUCCAGACACCAUGGCCACAGACACAGUGUCCAACGGCGAGAACUAUCACCUGCCCAGCGACGACGAUGUGAUAUGCCCCACAUGUAAUGUCAAAAUCAAGCGCUGCCAGGUGGCUGACCACUGCCAGGUGGAAAUGGAGCGCCUGCACACAGUGGUUCCACCCAUAAGUACACCACCAACAUCGACUCAUACGACAACCACAACAACAUCAACAUCACAGUCUGGAUCUGGCGGAAGGCAGCCGUGGAGUGUGUUCCAGCGUGUGCAGAAAAAUCGCCAGACCCGACAGCGACAACGCACGCGAAAGCGUCCCUCCUCUCCGCCAGCGCCGGUGGCUGCCCCACCUGAACCAUCCACCUCCGCCUGUCCCGUGUGCAACAAGAACUUCCCGCAGGGCCGCAUCCAGGAGCACGCGAAUGAGUGUCUGCGAAACAGUCGCAGAAACGGCCAGGCCAACGGUGAACGCCACUCCAGCGACGAUACCGACGACAGCGAGGAGUACGAAGAGUACGAGUGGGCUGGCCAGAAACGCAUUCGCGUGUCCACGCUCGUGCAGGGCGGCUAUUCGGCCCUGAACAUGGGCCAGACCAUAAAGUACAAUGGCAGCCAGCAGGCCAAUGAAGACGAGGACGAGGAUCUCAAUGUGGAUGAGGACGAUACGCAGAUCUACGGGCCCACACAGUACGGGGAAGCAGAUGUGAUUCCCACGGUGGACGGAGAAUCCGGUGGCGAUGUCUCGGAGGCAGAUGUCACGAACUACGUCCGCAGACUGAUUUCGUCCAACGAAGCACCCAAGUCGAAUCAUUCCAGCGAUGCUACUGCCACUGUGGAGCUUGCCGUUGAGCAGCAGCCAGGGACUGAAUCAGCAGCGGCAUCCUCCAGGGAGGCGCCAUCCACUUCUCGCUCCACACGGUCGGCCUCUCAGAACCAGCAACUGGUCAUCGAGGCGCUAAGGGCCAAGCUGCGCCUCUACGAGAACCAGUCGCAGAGCAAGUUCAAGUGCCUGAUCUGCCUCGACGACUACAAGAAUCCCGCCAUCUCUGUCUCCUGCUGGCAUGUGCACUGCGAGCAGUGCUGGUUGCAGACGCUCGGUGCCCGCAAGCUAUGCCCGCAGUGCAAUUCGAUCACGACACCGAAAGACCUGCGUCGGAUUUACCUGUAGACAGCAAAAGACGUGCGCCGCAUAUGCCUACAGCACCGACUGGUUACCCCGGAGGCUGCGUCUUAGCUUAUGCCGCGCCCUGGCUUUCUUUCUGCAGCAGCUCUAGUUUAUAAUCCUAUACGUAUAUUAUUUAUAAUAACUAUCAUACGUGACAUAACAAUAAGCAGCAUUAAAAUGUAACUAUUACAAUAAA